AUGAGAAUCGAAACCGCAAUUAAAUUCACAGCCGUUGCUGCGGCUAGCAGCGUGCUCUCGGCACCAAUGGCGGCUCCAAAAGCCAUGAAAAUUGAUAGCUUGGCCAACCACCCACCUUUGAGUCCACAGGCUGUUGAAAUGGCAUUAAAGGAAUGGGAAACUCCAGAGCCAUGGGAAAAGCGCCAGCAGAUGCCCUAUGAAAAGGAGUUCCCUAACGUCAAGCGCCAGCAGAUGCCCUAUGAAAAGGAGUUCCCCAACGUCAAGCGCCAGCAGAUGCCUUAUGAAAAGGAGUUCCCCAACGUCAAGCGCCAGCAGAUGCCCUAUGAAAAGGAGUUCCCCAACGUCAAGCGCCAGCAGAUGCCCUAUGAAAAGGAGUUCCCUAACGUCAAGCGCCAGCAGAUGCCUUAUGAAAAGGAGUUCCCCAACGUCAAGCGCCAGCAGAUGCCUUAUGAAAAGGAGUUCCCCAACGUCAAGCGCCAGCAGAUGCCUUAUGAAAAGGAGUUCCCCAAUUCCAAGGUUGAGCUCACUGGCUAA